AUGGCGGAGGGGCAGCUCGCGGCCUGCUGGGGAAAGCAGGAUGACGAGUGGAGGAAAGGCCCAUGGACCAGCCAUGAGGACAAGCUGCUCCUCGAGCAUGUCGCCCAGCACGGCGAGGGAAGGUGGAAUUCCGUCUCCAAGCUCACAGGUCUGAAGAGAAGUGGAAAGAGUUGCAGGCUGCGGUGGGUUAACUACCUCAGACCUGAUCUAAAGAGGGGCAAGAUCACACCACAAGAGGAGAGCACCAUAGUCCAGCUCCACGCCUUGUGGGGAAACAGGUGGUCGACGAUUGCACGCAGCCUCCCGGGGAGGACGGACAACGAGAUCAAGAACUACUGGAGGACGCACUUCAAGAAGGGAAAGCCGUCCAAGAACAUCGAGCGCGCCAGGGCAAGGUUCCUCAAGCAGCGCCGGGAGAUGCAGCAGCAGCAGCAGCAGCAGUUGCUUCUGGGGCAGGGCAAGGACGACGUCGAGCUCGCCACGGCAGGCACCGUCGCCGACGUUCAGGUCGACGACGAUAAGAUCUGCAGCGUGGGCUGCGCGGCGGCGACGUUGGCCGGCCACGAACACGAGGAUCAGUUGCUCAUGCGGGACGUCAUGGACUUCCUGUGCCCCAUGUCCUGCGUUCUCCUUCACGACGCCGGGCAUGGCGGCGGCAGCUGCUGCGCGUCGACGAGCGAGCAGGAAUACGGCUCCAGCGAGGACGACGGUGCCACGUGGGGAAGCCUGUGGAACCUCGAAGACGUGGCCCAUAACGUCGACGGUGGGGCAUGCACGCUGUGGUAG